AGGAGCUUUGGAGAGACUCCUAAGAACUAAGCUAUACAUACGCAUUGGAAAGAGUCAGAAAAUUGAAAUUGUAAUUGAACAAGGAUUUAUUCUGUCAAUAGCCUAGACGUUUCUCUGUGAAAAGAAAACUAGCGUUGUUCUUGUCCACCAGGCGUGGUGAAAGUUUGAAGAGGAUUCUUUCAUCCCAAUAAAAGUAGAUUUGCAACGUCUCUAAAGUCACAACCCCAGCAACAAGAAUGGAGCUUCAGAAGAUGAAUGGACAUAGCAGGGAAGAUGGGUUCGAUGGGCUGGAUGCCAUGGCUGAACAUGAGGAAUUUCUCCCACAUAAACCCGGUGUCAAGAAAGAAAUGCACUUCACAGAUUUCGAGGGAAAGACUUCAUUUGGAAUGUCCAUCUUUAACCUCAGCAAUGCCAUAAUGGGCAGUGGAAUUCUGGGAUUGGCUUUUGCGAUGUCCAACACCGGAAUCAUUCUUUUUCUAAUCCUGUUGCUGUCUAUUGCUAUUCUGUCUGCAUAUUCAAUUCACCUCCUGCUAAAAUGUGCUGGGGUUGUUGGCAUCCGAGCAUAUGAGCAGCUUGGGAAUCGGGCUUUUGGUGCACCAGGAAAAAUGGUGGCUGGCUGUGUCAUAACAAUACACAACAUUGGAGCAAUGUCCAGCUAUCUCUUCAUCGUCAAGUCUGAGCUCCCAUUGGUUAUUCAAGCUUUCCUUGGUAAACAUGAAAACACGGGAGAGUGGUUCUUGAAUGGAAACUACUUGAUCAUCAUUGUUAGCGUUCUCAUCAUCUUUCCUCUUGCACUCAUGAAAGAACUUGGUUACCUUGGCUACACGAGUGGCUUCUCCCUCUCCUGCAUGGUGUUUUUCCUCAUUUCGGUUAUCUACAAGAAAUUCAACAUACCGUGUCCAUUGGAUGCUGGACAUCACAAUGUAACUCCUGUUGACAGCCACGCUGUCAUUAACGCUACAGACUUCUGUGAGGCCAAGCUCAUAACCAUGAACUCACAGACAGCUUACACCAUCCCAAUUCUGGCUUUUGCUUUUGUCUGUCACCCUGAGGUGCUACCAAUCUACACUGAGUUACGAGAUGCCACCAAGAAACGCAUGCAGACUGUUGCCAACGUCUCCAUCCUGGCCAUGUUCGUCAUGUACCUGCUAACUGCUCUCUUUGGUUACCUCACCUUCUUCGGUGCUGUGGAGUCAGAGCUGUUACACACCUACAGUAAAGUGGACCCCUUGGAUGUCCUGGUCCUCUGUGUGCGUCUGUCUGUGCUGGUGGCCGUCACACUGACCGUCCCUGUGGUCCUCUUCCCGAUCCGCAGGGCCGUGCUACAGAUCUUGUUCCCUGAGAAGCCUUUCCACUGGGCCAGACACACCAUAAUUGCAUUUUGUCUCAUCUUCAUAGUCAACCUUCUUGUUAUCUUUGUGCCCUCCAUCCGUGACAUUUUUGGCCUCAUCGGAGCCACAACUGCCCCGAGCCUCAUCUUUAUCCUACCUGGGAUCUUCUACAUCCGGAUUGUUCCUGAGGAACAGGAGCCUUUGAGGUCCAGACCCAAAAUUCAGUCUGCGUGCUUUGCUGCAGUGGGAUUCAUCUUCAUGAUUAUGAGUUUGUCAUUUAUCAUCAUUGACUGGGUGACUGGAGAAUCUAGAAGUGGAGGCGGCCACUAGCUGGUGUGACAGAAAAAAGGUAUUACGAACAUAAAACGCCAACCAAAGCGCUCCCUUUCAUUAAAUUACCCCUGAUCUGCCGAGUUCUCAACCAAAGCCAGACAGGAACUGUCUGCAAAGGCUUUGUGAAGAAACUUUGCCUACGAAAAAAAAAACUUUUGACACGUGAUGGGGAAAACAAAAGGUCCUGUAAUGGAGGCGAGAACGGAGAUGCAUGAGAAUACAAAGCAUUGUUUUCUGACAGUGCCCGCAGUGAGGAUGUUGUUUGGAGGCAUGUGUAGAAAUGGUUGAAUGGCAACAUCAUGACUCAAAUGGAAAUCCCAUUUUAGAGUGUCCAUGGAAUAGCUCAGUCACUGCCAAAAUCUACUAUCCACUUCCCUACCAUCUCAGAUUUUACAGGACGUAAAUUCUAUCUGUUGUCUGAAGACAAUCAUUUUAUUUUCCUGGGAGUUUGCUUUAUUUUAUACCAAAUAAGACAUCCAAAUAAGACAUUUCAGUUUCUUUAUUCAUCAGGUUCUUCUUCAUUGUAUAUUAAAGACAAAUCUGCUGGUACAGUGUCGUCCAAAUUACUCUGAGCGUCUCAGAUUCAGCUAAAUAUGACCAGCGAAGGUUAGUCUGCAGGACCACACCAACCAUUCCAGUCUGUCAAAAUGCAAUUUUUGAUGACUUUUACAUGGAGUUGAAUUGAUGAAAUAUUUUAUUAAUCUAUUCCAACAUUUAACAUGUCUAUUGUAAAGGGGAUCAAAGAGACUGACAUGACAUUUUAUAAAUGAUCCAACAGAUACAGUGAAAUUUGUAGGAUUUUGCUGCUAUGUAUGAAGUUCAACAGUUACUGACCAUCAAUGCGAGUCCACAGACACAGGAACGUGGUUUGUACAAUUCUUAAGUGUUUACCGUCCAUUGUUGCAAACCAAAGAAUUUAAUUAUUGUGUCACUUAAAGAUAGGAUGUAACACAUAUCUUCAGCAAAGGCCAACCAAACUGUGCUUGAAAAACUACGUGUUAAAAAUGCAGUGUGUUUUUUAGCAGUCCCAUAAACUGUGCAGUAUGACAAAUACCUAUGGAUCUUAACUUUAAAUGGAGUAUCUUUUCUGUUUUUGGUUUUUUGGUUUUGUUGUCUUUUAAAUUUGACUAAAUACUUUGUUAUUCUUCCUGUACAUUUUUAAAUUAAUUUGAAUGUUGU